GUCAACCCGGUUAAAUGUCCUACCAGCUGACUGGCCGUGGGCUGUUUUGUUUUUGUAAGUCUUCAAAUGAAAAUUCCCAAAAUAAAAUAACGUGUAGAUAUAGUAGAUGUAUGUGUCGACACAAUUUUUUAAGGAAAUUACCCCUUUAGGUCAGUAACUGUGUGCAGUGUGAAGGUAGUUUCGGCUUUUCGACUCGAAAGACAGGAGAAAAAAAAAGGAGAACCAGAAUGCUUCAGUUUGGAGAUGAAGUCACCCUCUACUCGCUGGUAUUCGUGCUGGUCCUGGUGGGAACCCGGAGCCCCAUGUGGUCCACUGCCCUCACCGCCUCCCUCUAUCUCUUUCUAGCCAUGUUUAGGUUCCCUCAGGUGGCGACCAGUCGGGCGCAGAAGGUGCUGCACCCACUAGUGGGGAAGGUGUCCGUGGUCGCUCACCGCGGCGGGGGACACGAUGCACCGGAGAACACGAUAGCAGCCAUACGGGAGGUAAGAAUACGUGGACGCCCGCGCCAUCUUGGAGUCUGUCCCACAGCAGGGUGCUGUACUCACAACAUGAGGCUGUGUGGAAACUGCACAAACAAAAACAAUCACUGUAAACAACCGACUGACCUUUUGGCACCCCUCUGGGUUUUUUUCCUUGCCAUCCAGGCAGCUGCAGCGCUUAAAGACGUGUACAAGAGAUAUCCAGUCCUGUACAAUAGCAGCAUCGUGUGCUCCUUCGAGCCCAAAGUCAUCUACAGGAUGAGGCAGAGCGACCCUGAAGUGCUCACAGCUUUGACCCACAGACCGUGGAGCCUGAGCACUCUCGGCGACGGUACCCCACGUUUUUCAUCCAUGUGGAAACAUCACUGGAUGACCAUGAUGGACAUCCUGCUGGACUGGGCUCAUCACCACCUGUUGUGGAAGCUAUGUGGCGUCUCGGCCUUCCUGAUACAGAAGAACUUUGUAUCACAGAAUUAUAUCCAGUACUGGGCUCAACGGGGAGUGGAGGUUGUAGCCUGGACCAUCAACACUAAAUUGGAGAAAGAGUAUUUCCAGGAGGUGCUACACAUCAAUUACAUCACUGACAGCCUCGUGGAAGACUGUGAACCUCAUUACUGAGAAACACCCAAACUAUAGGUGCACUUAACUUCUCAUUAUGAGACGACAGUGGGAGGUUUUAACCAUUUCUCAGCUGUAGGCCCUCUUCUCACCGGAGUAAGACCAUGUGACGCAUUAAAAACCUGCCUGAAAGCAGGAAACAUCUCCUGGGUUGCACAUUGUACAUAGUGUGUGCUUCAUUAUGACGUAGGUUAGAGUUCCACCACUGAAAAGCACAUACACCUUCAUAAGGUUGCUACAAUAUGUUAAAGCAGUUGUUUGUGUC